UUACUUCCCUACAUAGAUCUUGAUCAGAAUCUUGGUUGUAAUUUUCUGCAUGGUUUUUUUUUUUUUUUUCUGAAGAAGUAAUCACCUAGGUUUAGGUAAAAGAAGCUACUUCUGCUUUUAGUUCCUCUAAUAGAUUCUUCAGAAAUAGUUUUUUUUAUCAAGAGAUUUCCAGAAAUUAAAAUGAUAGGAGCUGUGUUUCUCUUCACCUUUAAAUAAUGACUUCUGAAACUUAUUUUCCUAUUCUUUUCAUUUGAAAUUCUCUGUAAGUGGGGUUAUUGCGUGCCCAUUAUAUUUUAUCAUUUAACUGUAUAGUGAGCAACCUACUAAAAAUUUAAUCAUAUAACAGUUAUUUUUUUGACCUUCCAAGGUGUAAAGUUAUUUAAUGUUUCUCUUGUAAUGGCAAGUGAAGUAGUUUAAUUGUUUUGAAAAUUGAAUAGCCUUAGGUAAACAUAGAUGUAUGUAUGUAAUAUUUUUACGUUUUCUGUGAACUAUUAUUGGGGUCUUUUUUGCUAACGUUUUUACAUAUGUAAAGCAAUUUAGAUGAGAAGAAGGGAAGUAGUAGUGAUUUCAUAAUGUCCAGAACUUUGAACACUACACUAAGAUGUCUAAAGGAUCAGUGCUUUGAGAGUCCCAUAGUAUUAUAAUUCUGGUUUGUUAGCACUCAUUAAAUGCUAGUGUUAAGUUUAAAUGUCUUUGUUUCAGAACAAGAAAACGCAUAGGCUACCAAUUUUGCCAGUAAAUAUAAAUUUCUUUCAGAUAAUAUCUUGUAUUGGAAUCAGAUUGCCACAAUUUGAAUCUUGCUUCCUCAAUUUACAUUUUGCUACUCUAUGUGAUCCCUGAGCCACUAUACAGCAUCAUCAUUUGGGAGCUUGUUAAAAAUGCAGAAUCUCAGGUGUCACCCAGGCCUAUUGAAUCAGAACUACAUUUAUCCCCAAAUGAUUCCUAUACGUGCUAAAGUUCGAAAAGCAUUGAGAACUUCUUUUUUAGUAUUCCCAUCUAUUUUGUUAAAUGCAUGUAAGAAUUUUGAUCAUUAAAUAAUAUAUUUAAGUGAUCAGAAUAAUAUUUGCAUGUAAUAAGAACCCAGUAAAUGUUGGCUGUCACUAUUAUUCUCUUAACAAACUCACAUACCCUUUAUACUGGUUGCUUCAGCUCCUCAUUUGGCUGCUGCUUCAGGAGUUAACCUUUGCUUCAAGUCUUUCUCCCCAGAACUCUACUUACCUUUCUUUUGUGCUUUGCAAACCCUUUAACACUAUACUUUGUCCUUUUUCUUUUUUGCUGUGAGCUGUAUGGCACUCUCUUCAGCAUGCUUUCUUUCUCUGCAGAGUCAUAAAACUGGAAGGGACCUUAGAGAUCAUCCAGUCCAAAUAUUUUCUUUUGGUUUUGAGGAAACUGAGGCUCUGAGAAGUUAAAGUAUCAUGUUGCUGUGUUUGGAGUUUACCCAUUAUACAUCUUCAGCGGAGCUCCCAGACAGAUGACAGAUUGAAAAGGCUGAAGCAGGAAAGAUUUAGUGUAGACAUUGUAAAUCUAAAGGAUGUGAUCAGUAUGCAGCUGGAAGAUACUACCACUAGUAAAACUUUUUGCAGCCAAUCUUGUCUUUCAUCAUAUGAAGAAAAAAGAAAACCAUUUGAUACCAUAUGUACUAAUAGCAUUCCAGCCAAGUGCAGCAUGUGUCAGAAGACUACUGUUAUUCAGUAUGAAGUAAAAUACCAGAACAUGAAACGUAGUCUUUGCAGUAAUGCCUGUUUUUCAAAGUUUCACUCUGCUAACAACCUCAUCAUGAACUGUUGUGAGAACUGUGGAGCUUACUGUUCCACUAGCUCUAGUCUGUUCCAUAUACUUCACAUGGAAGCACAGUCUCAUUACUUUAAUAGUUCAAAGCGUAUUACAGCACAUAAGCAGAAACCAGCCAAAACACUUACAUCUGUUCUUUGCAAAUCACUGAAACCCUCAGACGAAAUGAUUGAGACUACCAAUGACUCGGGGAAGACAGAGCUUUUCUGCUCUGUUCAUUGUUUCUCUGCUUACAGUAAAGCUAAGAUGGAAUCAUCUACAGUAAAUGUUUCCAUGGUGCAUGAUGCUUCAACAGAUCUCCUUUCUCCGAAGAAAGAUACAACUCCAGUUAUAAGCAAUAUAGUGUCAUUGGCAGAUACUCAUGAAGCCCUGCCCGUCAUGAACUCUGAUGUAUUACAAGGUACAGUUUCUUCAGUAACAGCAAAUGUUGAGGAUAUUUCUAAGACUUCACCCAGUGAAUCAAGUAAUGGUGUUGCUAAUAGUAAUGUGGAACAGCCAAGCCUUGCACCAUCUUCAUCAGUACUCAGUCAGCAUACAACUGGCUCCAGUAUAGAAGUACAAAAAGAUCAUGUGUCAAACCAAGAUGCUACAAACAGUAUGAAAUCCAUGAAAAUAAGAGAUGGACUACGUCACCCAAAAUUUACAUCCAAAGUACAAAAAGUUAAAGGUAAAUCACGAAGUAUUAAAAAAUCUUGGUGUUCAAAUUUUCAGCAAUUAGAAAACAGUAUUAAAAAGGAUGUGAUAUUCUGUUAUUCGUGUCAGUUGUUCUGCCAAAAAAAAUUUAGCUAUGGAGGAGAGUCAUUUGCAGCCCAAGGAAUUUCCAAUUGGAAAAAAACUCUGGAAAAAUUCAGAAAGCAUGAAAAAAGUGAAAUGCAUUCAAAGUCAUUGCAAUUUUGGAGGGAAUACCAGUUUUGUGAUGAAGCCGUUAAUGACAGUUUAUCUAAUCAUUCAAAACAGAUUGAGGGAAAUAAAAAGUACCUAAAGCUUAUAAUUGAAAAUAUUUUAUUUCUUGGAAAGCAGUGUUUACUCCUAAGAGGAAAUGACCAGUCUGUUUCAUCUGUGAAUAAAGGCAAUUUUUUAGAAUUGUUAGAAAUCCGAGCAAAAGAUAAAGGAGAAGAAAUAUUUCGACUUACGAAUUCACAAGUUGACUUCUACAAUAGUACACAAAUUCAAAAUGAUAUUAUUGAAAUAAUAAAGACUGAAAUGUUACAAGAUAUUGUAAAUGAGAUCAAUGUCUCCUCAGCUUUUUCAAUAAUAUGUGAUGAAACAACUGAUAGUGCCACUAAAGGGCAAUUCUCUAUUUGUGUAAGAUACCCACAGAAAACAUCAAAGGCUAUAUUAAUUAAAGAAAGAUUUUUGGGUUUCAUAGAUGUUGAAGAGAUGACUGGGACCAACUUACACAGGAGUAUUAAAACUUACCUGCAGCAAAUUGGAGUUGAUUUGGAUAAAAUACGAGGCCAGGCCUAUGAUAGCACCAGUAACUGGAGGGGAAAAUUUAAUAAAAUUGCAGCAGAAUUCAAGAAGGAAGAGCCAAGAGCUUUAUACCUGCAUUGUUAUGCACAUUUUUUGGAUUUGGCGGUGAUUAGGUUUUGCAAAGAAGUAAAAGAGCUCCGAAGUGCUCUAAAUACUCUCAGUUCUUUGUUCAACACUAUUCAUGGGGAAAUGUCUGUAAAUUUUCAAAACAUUUAUAAGCUAAGUCAAAACAAAACAUGCAAAAAACAUACAUCACAAUCAUGUUGGACAGUCCACGAUCGUACGUUACUAUCUGUGAUUGAGGGUCUUCCAGAGGUUAUUGAAACACUGGAAGUUCUAUCAAGCCAUUCUUCAAACACAAGUUUAGCUGAUGAAUUGAGUGAUUUGUUGGCAUUGGUUUCCAAAUUUGAAUUUAUCUUUUGUUUGAAAUUUCUUUAUCGAGUACUAAGUGUUACAGGAAUUCUUUCCAAAGAGCUUCAAAGUGAAACCAUAGACAUUUUUUCUUUGUCUUCAAAAAUAGAAGCAAUUUUGGAAUGUUUAUCAUCUGAAAGAAAUGAUACUUAUUUCAAAACUAUCUGGGAUGGAGCAGAGGAAGUAUGUCAAAAAAUAACCUGUAAAGGUUUUGAAGUUGAAAGGCCUUCAUUUCAGAAAAGAAGAAAAAUUCAGAAAACAAUAGAUCCUAGCAAUUCAGACAGUAUGUUUUUUCCUACCUCAACAGAAGAACAAUAUAAAAUUAAUAUUUAUUACCAAGGCUUGGAUACUAUAUUACAAAAUUUAAAAUUGUGUUUUUCAGAGUUUGAUUAUUGUAAAAUGAAGCAGAUUUCAGAACUGUUACUUAAAUGGAAUGAACCGUUAAAUGAAGCAACAGCUAAAGAUGUCCAAGAAUUUUAUAAACUUGAUGCAGACAUCAUCCCAGAACUUAGAUUUUAUCGGCAAUAUGCAAAGCUCAACUUUGUCCUAGAUUAUGAUUGCAUCAGCUUCAGCAAUCUUGGCCAUUUGUUUAUUCAGCAUGGUCUUCACAAUAAUAUUCCUUGCAUAUCAGUGCUAUUAUAUAUUGCUUUGUCUUGGCCAGUUACUUCAGCAAGUGUUGAAAAUUCAUUUUCUACACUGUCUCGUCUUAAAACAUAUUUAUGUCAUACCAGGGGACAAGAAAAGCUUAGUGGCUUAGCCCUAAUGGCUGUUGAGCAGGAAUUGGUAAAUAAACUGAUGGAACCUGAAAGACUCAAUGGAACUGUGGAAAAGUUUAUCCUACAGGUGAAAGAAAUAUAAAACUUGCUAACUUGAAUUUACCUGAAAGAAUUUUGUAUUUCUGUUGGCUAUCAGUUUUUAUUUCAGAUUUUUGUCUUUUAAGAAAAAAAGUUUUUUCAUCAGAACAUGUAACAUUCAUUUGGUUCAAAAUUCAUGACACAGAAUGAUAUACAGUGAAAAGUUUCCUUCCCUUUUUUAGUACCCAGUUUCCCCUCCCAGAAGUAUUAACUGUUUUUUAAAUAUCCUUCUGGAGAUACUUAAUCAUAAAUGUACUGUGCAGUGCACAUUGUUCUUCAGCUUGCCGUUUUCACUUAACAUGAUUUUUUGAGAUUGUCCCAUAUCAGUACAUAGAGUUUCUUGAUUCUUUUUUUAAUAACUGCGUAAGAUUUAAUUGUAUGGAUGUACCAUAAUAUAUUGGAGCAGUCCCUACUGACAAACAUUUUCUUUCCAGUCUCUUACUCUUGCAAAUAAUGCUGCAUUUAAUAACCGUGUACAUAGGUCAUGUUGCACAUUAGUGAGUUGCUGUGAGAAAAAAUUUUAAACUGAAGUUAUUAGGUCAGAAGAUUUGUACAUUUUUAUUUUUCAUAGAUAUUGGCAAAUUGCUUUCUAUAAGGAUUGUAUCAUUUUAUACUCCCACCAACGUGUGAGAGUUCCUAUUUCCUCGAAUCUUUAUAAAGUAUUAACAAACAUUUUGAUCUUUGCCAGUCUGUUGAAUAAUGAUAUGUUAAUCUCUGUGGAGAUUAAAUCUCAAUAGAAUUUUUUAUUUUCACUUAAAAAUAAGGUUGCGUAUCUGCUUGAGCCAUUUGUAUUUCCUUUUCUGUGAAACCUCAUAUAUUAAACAUUAAAACUCUAAAUAUCGCUGUGGUUUUGGUUGACUUAGCUGGGUGACACAAUAGGAAUUCCUAAUCUACUUUAUGAAAAUAUGACUAAUUUUCAAAUAAUUCUGAAAGAAAGAACUUUCUGUCUUAACACUUUAGAAAAGUUUAGAUAACAAGGGAAAUGUGUUCCUCAGAGAUUUGAAAGAAUUUAGUGGUAGAUAUAUCUGAGGCUGGUUUUCUUUUAUAACUUGUAAUUUUUCUAGAAAGAGCAUCUAUUUCAUUGAGUCCUUCUUUCAAAUGAAUUUGCUUAGAGUUGUAGAAAGUAUUCUCUUAAUUUCUUCUAUAUACCUAUACUUGCUUUCUUCAUUGAUCUUCUAUACACAUUUUCUUUCUUGAUUAGGCCAAAACUAGUGAUUUAUUUUAUUUAGUUGUUUUCCAUACACAUUCUUAGGUUUAUUUAUCAAUCCUACUCUACUUUUUAAUUAUGGUUGAUUUUUAACAUAAAAAUAAAAGAACGUAAUAAUUAACAUUUAGUUCUAUUAAAUCCUAACAUUUUGCCAUGCUUCAGAUUUUUAUUUCAGAAAUAAAAUAUUAUAGAUUGGGUUAAAGCUCCCUUGUAAAUCUUUUCCUGAUAAUAUUUCUGUUUUUCCAUAGAGGCAAUGAUUAUUUGGUGUGCAUCAUUCCAUGCUUAUAUAAUUUUAUACUUAAUACAUAGCCUUGUUGCACAUGAUUGUAAACUUUAUAUAAAACUUUAAGUUGCAUUGUGCUUAUCUUUCUGCAAUUUGCUUUCUUUCACUCAGUGUUGUUUGAGAUUUAUAUGUGGAUUUCUAGUUUGUUUAUUCUAAUUGCUGAAUACCAUUCCAUUAUAUGAGUAUACAAGUUCAUCCUUUAUUUAUUUAUUUAUUUAUUUUGUGUGCGCGCUGAAAUUUUUUUUUUUAACAUCUUUAUUGG